AUGAUUCGUGAUCGUUUAAACUCAUUGUUGAAGAAACGGCAAUUUGCGCAAUCAAUUGAAAAGAUCGCUCAUCAACAUGGGCCCCAAACAUUGCUCAACCAGAAACAAAUAGUCUGCGAUCUGGCACAAUUCGCAGAAAUCAUUCGAUGGAUCGCUGAGUUGCUGCGGAAUGUUGACGAAAUUGAACGUGCGUUCUCGGACGAUGCUUCGAUCGGGUCCAGUCAGAUGUUGAGCGAUACGGCAACUCUCUGUCACAAAAUAUUCAACAGCGUUAAACGAAUGCAGGCUGAAUUGGAGCAAAUCAAUCAGCAAAAGUCUGGCGAAACCCGAGAGUCGAGCGGUGUUGAUGGUGACGAAGGUACGGACUUGGUGAGCCUGGUGUGGAGUAGCCAGCUAGAGAGUGCCAAAUCUGCAUACUUUGACGCGUUCUGGAAGUUCCAGACGUUGGUGAGGAACUAUGAGCAGAAGAUGGAAGAAUGUAAACGAAUUGUUUCAUCUCAGAGCAACAUAUCGCGUUCGCAGUGCGACAUCUCACAACCCACAAUCGUUCCGACUGAUACCAAUGUGGAUACAAGCGAUCAACAGUCCUCCCGGCGUCACUCUUUGGAGGAUCAAAAUGGCCUCCAAAAAACUGCCACAAUCGACAAAGCAGCAGCGUCCGAAACGCUUCAGGCCGUCGAGGGCCGCUAUCAAGAUCUGCAAUCCCUGGAACGAACAAUGCUCGAAAUGCGUGAUCUGUUUGUACUGUUUUCGACUCUGGUGAUGGAGCACGGCAGCAUGCUGAACCUGGCGGAAACCAAGGUUGAAGACGCGGCUCAACAUGUGGCCGUUGCGGCAGAGGAUAUCAAGGAGGCCUAUCACUACUAUCGGAAGGCCGGAGGUGGGAAAUGGUUAUGCAUAGAUGUUAGUCGCUGCCUAUUGGUGCUGUUAGCAUUUCUGGUGGUGAUUGCUGUUUUUUUGGCAAUAAAGAAGUAUCUGAUUUGAACUAGCGAUCAUUCACUCUACGGGUUUUACAGUCUUAUAAAAAAUACAUCAAAAGAAAUAAUCGAUGAAAUUCCUACUCAAAAUAAUUCACAUAACGAAUAAACCCAUAA